AGUCCGUACAAUAAAGAAAAAAGCACGUAGGCUAGAGCGAGAGAAGACGAGGUGGAGCCAGUAGGAGCGAAGAAGCACUCCGGCAAGAGAGGGACCGACGAGAGGAGUCCCUAAUCCUCCCGGACGUCGAACAGGCGGACUCGAUUAAUAGUCGCGCUCGCGGAAGAAACAGCGUCGUUCUCGGCCGCAGCUCGGGAUGAUUUCCGCGGUGCUCUGAGGGGGAUAUCUGGACCGGUAGCACUUCGAUGGGCGAUUGCGCGCACCUGAAGCUCACAACACUGACUCUUCGCAGGUCUUCCAGUGAGAUGGUCAGUUCGGUUAGACAAGCGGUCAUGUAAACGUCCCAGUCGGUGCUGUCGCGUAACCUAACGUCGUGUGGUCCAACUGCCAGUGUUAUCUUCAGUGAACCUACACUUACAAUCCGAAAAUCGUCUUCUAACUCAAAAUGAGACCAAGCGCGAUCGUUCUCUUGCUUUUGCUGUGCGCCCAGUUUCUUACUUCGGAGUCGAAGCUACGACAGCAAGCGGCCGUCGACGAUGACGAUGACGACGACGAGGAUUGGGACGAGGACGACGAGGACGAUGAGGACGAUGGCUAUCCGAAACCCGAGAUCGACGACGACAGCCGUAUUUACAAGAAUCCGCGAAACUCACCCUCCGCUGAUUGUCCGAGAGACGAGGAAAGGGCAAAACUGAUGGGCCAGAAGUGUUUGCGAAAAUGCUCGACCGACGUCGACUGCAAGAGCAAGAAGAAGAAAUGCAAAUGCGACGGAGCCUGCGGGAAUUCGUGCAUCAAGCCCGAGCGCGAAUGUCCGGCGUUGAAUGAAAUCGAGCACGGCGUGAUGACGAUCACCGGAAAAUUCUUCGGGGACAGGGCCCAUUACACCUGCGACACUGAUUACUUUAUGGUCGGCAUAUCCGAGAGAAAGUGUCGAGGCGACGGUCACUGGUCCGGUACCACUCCGUCCUGCAAGAAAGACUCCAACUCCUUCUGCUCCCAGCCGCCGAAGAUUCAGAAAGCGUAUCAUAACGCUCCGUCGGAACAGACGACCUUCGAUCUCGACAGUACGGUGCAAUAUUUCUGCAAUCACGGAUACAACGCGACGGGCGCGAAGAACGCAAAGUGUCUGAUGAGGUCUUCUGAAGAAAAUAUUGCCAAUUGGUACGGGCCGGACAUCGUUUGCAAGCCCCUGUCCUGCGGACAACCGCCGGGCAUUCCCAACGGAUGGCAUUCUGGGGAAUGUUACACGUAUGAUUGUCGCGUGACGUAUCAUUGCUCGGAGGAGUACGAAUUAGUCGGCAAAGCCGAGAAACUGUGCCUGGCGGAUGGCACAUGGACUCCGAAGGAGUUACCGCAAUGCGUUCAAGUCACGUCCGUGCAGUGUCCGAAGCCAGAAAAUCCAGUCAACGGCAAGGCUGUCUACACCUCCUACGCGUACAAUUCCAUCGUAUCGUAUGAAUGCAAGUACGGUUACACCGUUGUAGGCGCGGCAACGAGACGUUGCGGCGCUGACAGAAAGUGGACUGGAAAGCCGCCUACUUGCCAGGAAAUCAAUUGCGGUUCACCUGGCGUGUUGUAUAACGGCUGGAUCGAAAAUAUUGAAGACGGCACAGGUUUGGGCGCCAGCAUCAUUUUCCGUUGCAUGGACCACAUGAAGCUAGAGGGCAAUACUUCGUCUAUCUGCCUUCAGGACGGCAAAUGGAGUUAUCCUUUACCGCAGUGUCUAGCCCCGUGCGUCGUCCCGCAGAUCGAGAACGGUCACGUCACCAUUGCCAGCCACAGCAAGAACGGAAAUCACAUCAAUAACGUCACGGUGGUGGAACACGGCGAGGGACUUCUGGUCAGCUGUAUUCCGAAUUACGAAUUCGCCGCGAACAGCACCCCGGUGUUGUGCAACAACGGCACUUGGUCGAUAGUGCCGAGUUGCACGCCGGCCCGGUGCAAGCAGAUGCCGAAGAUCCCGAAGAACGGAAUGGUUAUUGCGCCGAAAACCGAUCACGGCAUGAAGGCGAUCUUCAAGUGCAAGGACGGCUACGAGCUGGUCGGCGGCGGUCCUUUGAACGCGUCUAAGUCCGUCGAGUGCCAAUACGGCAACUGGAUCGGCGACAUACCGCAUUGCAUUCAACUCUUCUGUCCGUUCCCGGGUUUGAUCGAAAACGGCAAGGUUUUCUUAGUGGGCAACAUGGGGGUUUACGAUUACAGACCGUACGUGAGAAAGAUCGUCAACAACAAGCAGAUUAUGUACGAUUGCGACAAGGGUUACGUUCUCGAUGACGGACCGACCGGCGCGACCUGUAUAAGCGGCUCGUGGAGACCGAAGGAAUUGCCUAAGUGCAUCCGCGGACAGCAUCCCAGACUCAGAUGGAGCAGGCGACGUAGAUCGGCUGACGACAAUAUUUCUCUGAAUUACAAAAAAUUCAUCGAGUUCUUCCGCAAAGUGGGCAAGAAGCUUUUGCACAUAGAGAUGACCAAAAAUCGUGAGCAUCCGAAACAUAAAGCGGACGCGAAGUUAGCCGCCAGCCAUCAAAACAACACGAACAACGCGUCCGAUUCGUCCGUUUGGAAGACGCACGCGGGUCACGGCAAUAAGUCCCGUCUGCGAGAGGAGAGAAUGAUCGACUUUCUCAAGAUGGUGUAUCGAAAACUGCAGCGCAUGGACGCCAAGCAGCCGAAUAACUCCAGCAACAGCACCAUGCACGAUCUGCUGAACGCGAUGACCAAGAACUUCUUCCACGUGGACCUCGCCGAGUCGCGACGGAACGGCAACAGAUCCCGCUCGGACUUCGAGAUACGCAAUCAAAGAGAGUUUAUCAAGCUGAAGCGAGAGUUCGAGCGGAUCAUGAGGUUCUACAACAAGUCUAUACGCUGGAAUGAGAAGCAGAAUCGGAAGGACGCGAAACGGAAGGGCAUAUCGUACGCGGAGAAGCGCAAGGACAAGAAGAAGCACAGAAAAAAUUAUUACAAGGGCUUUUACGAGUUCGUCAACAGUUACGUGACCGAGAAGCUGUCGAUGUUGGAGGCGCGCAACGCGACCGAGGAAUUGAUCAAGAAGAUGAACAUCGACAAGUUCACCGUGAGAAACGGCACGACUUUCACGGUCGGCGAAAUGUACGCGUUUUUCAAACAUAUCAUAGAGAAUAGAUUGAACUCGACGGACGAGGAUGUCACCGUCGCGUCCAGCACGACAACAUCGGCGCCGACGAAAACGGUCGAGCCGCGCGAUAAUCAAUCAUCGACAAUCCCGAGUAACGAUGUUUCCGUGCUGGACAACGAGAUCCCGGCGAAAGAGGGAGCGCCCAAGCAUCGCAGCAAGCGGAUACGAAACGCCUCGGAGGACGCGGGCGCUUCGCGUCCGACGAGGAAGCUUCUGUCCGUGACAAGCGAUGAUAAGAAUUCAAAGAAGUCGAGGCCUGUCGACGACGUCAAAUCAAAGCAGUUCACUUUCGACGAGCUGCAAGCGCAACAGCAAAGCCGCUCGAAACGAUUCCUGCCGCCUUCCGAGCUCGAUAAUCAAAUAAUCCUCAAGAACUUGUAUCUCAACGCAUACGAGGACGAGUAUCGGGCAAAUGUGAAGCGAUCUAUCGAUCAGGCGAACCGCACGUCCGACUGGUUUCCCUCGAGAAGGCGCAAGGGAAAUCUCGGCGCGUACGAGAUCAAGUGAGGAAAAUAAUGUGUUGUGAUAUUAACGGAAUUUACUAAGUUAUUUACCGAUAUCAAUCGAUUUUAGGCGAGUAUACACUACCAUAUACAAUAGUUAUAAUCGUUGUCCCUCGUCGAUGCGCACUGUAACGUGUAUCGCGCUUUUUUGAAAAAAAAAAAAAAAUAAAUCUUUUCCAUGCAA